AUGUCUCCCAGGGAGUCAGAAAAUAAGACUGGUGAAAGUGAAGAGCUAGCUAGUCCUUCAAUAGCACCAACUCUUGAAGAUGCUGAUGGGGACCACCAACCAAAGGGUGAAGUUCCACCGACCUCUGUCCCAACAACACAACAUGUUGAAGAGAGCCCUGGAACCAAAGUUCGUGCACCAACUCACCAUGUUGAAGGGAUCCCUGCACCCGAAGUUGGUGCACCAGUGCCAUCGCCCUCACUCUGUGCUGAGACCCCUGCAGAGGGAGUGAAGACAGCUGCGGCAGUGCCAGUGGUAGCCACUCCUUGCCGGGGUGGUGCCAAGCCAAGUCUAUCCCCUCAAUUCAGUUUGGGUGAAGAUUCCAACCAAGCUUUGGGUGUGUCCAGCCCUGCAACAACAGCCUCAUCAGAAGACCUAUACAGACCAGUGCCUGGGGAGCUUAGGCUUUCCCAAAAUGCUAUCAACUUACGCAUGCACCGGGCAACGAAGAUUGAUUCCCGGGGUAACUGCAAAGUUGGGGAUGAGAACAGAAAACAAUUCCACACCAAGAAGGGCAAGCUUCGUUUGCAGCAGAUCUUUCAAUCUUGUGGUUACAAUGAUGUCUUUGUCAUGGAGGUUGAACUGAUCCAGGAAGAUCUGCUUGCCAAUGACCUGACGAUUGAAGGUGAGUACAUGAGCGAGGACGCGAUGAAAACCGUGUGGGGUUGGAGCGAGCGUGAUCGUUACCAAGACGAUGUGACCCUCUACUGGGCAGAGACAGCUGUCAAAGCCAGUCAAAAGCGACGCAGCACCUCUUCUAUGAAGCGCAAGCUUGCUUGGCAAGAGGAGGGUUCAGGGGCGGAUUUGGCGGCAUUUGAUCAGCCAAUGUGCUUGGGUGGCCCUGGAGACAAACGGGGUCGGGAUUUCGUGGCCAAAGUUGAUUCCUCUGCAGAUGGUGCUAAGCCUUCCAAAAAGGGCAACAAGAAUGAUCGUGUCAAGAAACCAAAGUCUGACGAAGGUUCUACUGAUGAGUCAUCCGAUUUGGAGGUUAGCAGCACGGAAUGCAAAGCCCGCGCUGCUGAGAGCCGAGCAAAGAAGGAGAGGGAAAAGGCAGGCUUGCCUGAGGCCAAAUUGCAGAAAGGUCUUGCUCGCUUUGAAGCAGCACAGAAUCUCACCCAGCUCCAAGAUGCGAUGAAGUCCAAGCUGAUCUCCGUGAUGGCUGACCUGAGAAGCCACGGCCAGUCAAUCGAUUCCAUCUACACCCAGGGUGUCGUGAAUGGGUUUAGUGAACUGGCUGUGGAAAGUAUGAACUUGGAGUAUCGCAUGAGGCCUGUGUUGCCAAAGCCAGCGGCUUCAGCACCUGAGAAGCCAGUGAGACGGGAAUCUGCCCGUUCUGCAAGGCAGAAGGCCGCAGCCAAGGCCGCGCCCAAGGCGAAGGCAGAUGCGAAGGCCAAAACCAGGCCAAAAAAAUGA